AUGGACAAUGAAGAGAGCUCAACAGAUGGUGAUAUCAAGUUGAUGCCGGCUCUGGCCAAAGGCACUGUCGAUCCGGAAACAUCAAUUUCUUACGCAUAUCGACCUCUGAACAACAGGGAAGUCAGACUCCCCAAGCUCGUGCCUGUCGAGACUCCGCCGCCUGCUCCUAUUGAGAUCAAUGAAGCUGGUGGCAGGCCAUACGUCCCGAAUGCACGCCAAAGGGUGGCAGCGUAUGCACGGCAUCUGGGUAGCAAGAAGCUGUUUCAUCGCCUUCAGCUAAUCCAUGUCAACCUGGACCAUGCUCCUCCUUAUGACCCAAUAUCGUACACUUGA